CACUUAACCAAUUUUCACCGUGGGCUCCAAAAAUGUCAGGGCCGCCCCUGUUUGUGCCGGUACACAAGUUCCCAUAAAACCUUUUCAUCGCCAUUCUGCUUCUUCACUUGCGAAUUAUUGUUUAUCUACUCCGUGCCCUGAAAUGAACGGAGACGAUAAAAUUGCCGCCUCCGAUGAUUGCGCCGUUCUGGUGGAACUUCCGUUGGGCGACGCCGCGCCGGAUUUCAGCCUGGAAAAGGCCGUCUGCAGCCACGGCCUUUUCAUGAUGUCGCCCAACCACUGGGACCCACACUCUAAAACCUUCCGGCGGCCCCUCCGCCUUGAUGCAGACGGCGAUGAAACCUCGCGCGUGGUUCACGUCUCCCACCCUCCCGACUCCGCUCACGUGCUCCACGUCCGCGUCAUCGGCACGCGCGUUCUAACCACCCAGCAGCAGCAAUUCUUGCUGCCAUUGAAUUUUCAGAGUCAAGUGAGGAGAAUGCUACGAUUAUCAGAGGAAGAAAACAGGAGGAUUGUUGAGUUCCAUGAAUUGCACCAAGAAGCAAAACAAAGGGGGUUCGGGAGGAUGUUUCGAUCACCCACAUUGUUUGAGGAUGUUAUUAAGUGCAUUCUCUUGUGCAAUUGCCAGUGGUCAAGGACUUUGGGCAUGGCUCAAGCACUUUGUGAGCUUCAAGCUGAACUACAACAUCCAUCGAACGAAGUUCACAUUUUUGCUCCCAAUACACCUGCAGGAAAAGAAUCAAAAAGGAACUCUGUAGCUCGUAAAUGCUCAAAAAAAUUAGGAAAAAAGUACACAGAGGAUAUAGCUGCAGUAGAAGACAUCGAGACAAACAUCAAUAAUUCCGAAAUAUUGAAUUUUUCUGACGAAACAGAAAAGUUAAGUACAACCCUCAUUUCAACACAUGUUCCUAUGUCUCAGCCUUCAGAAGGGACAAAAGAUCAUUUGGGCCCCACAAUUGGUAAUUUCCCGAGCCCAAAAGAAUUGGCGACACUUGAUGAGGGUUUCUUGGCCCGGCGCUGCGGUCUCGGUUAUAGGGCGCGUCGUGUGAUAAAUUUUGCUCGGGAAAUUGUUCAAGGCAGAUUUCAAUUGAGCGAUCUCGAAUGUGUCUCGUGUGGUACAGUCAGCAUAUCCAAUUAUGAAAAUUUGAGUGAGAAGCUGAGAGUGAUGGAGGGGUUCGGGCCUUACACGUGCGCAAAUGUACUAAUGUGUGUGGGCUAUUACCAUGUCGUGCCUUCGGAUUCAGAAACAAUUAGGCAUUUGAAACAGGUGCAUGCAAAAAGGUCCACAAUUGAGACAGUUCAGAGUGAUGUAGAAGAUAUCUAUGGAAAAUAUGCACCAUUUCAGUUCCUAGCUUUCUGGUCAGAAAUUUGGCAGUUUUACGAGGAACGGUUUGGUAACCUAAGCCAAUUGUCUCCUACUGAUUAUAAACUCAUUACUGCUGCAAAUAUGAGACCCAAAAAAAGGAUGGGAAGUAAGAGGAAAUUAUCUGUUGUGGAUGAAGUAUGAUGUGUGAAAUGUGUUUAAAAACUACAUCUGUACUUUUAUUCCACAAGGAAAAAAUUAUAAAAUUUUAACUUUCCUCUUUCCUUUUCGUUUUUCCUUGCUAAGAUUCUGUCAGAAUAAAUUGUUUUUUUCGUCCUAUAUGUUUAGUUAAGGCAACCAAGUCGUCCCCUUUAAAUAGCUGUUUUGAUUUUCGUUCGUAUAUGUUUAUAAAAAGGUUAUAAAAAGGUUACUAAAAGUUCCUUGCCUCGUCGUGAAUCUGUAAUUUAAUUGAAAACAUGCACGUGAGCCUAAUGUGACCUGUUUAUUGGUCCAUUUAAUCUUCAGUGGAACUAGAAUUCCAGCGCGACGAUAGAAAUUGACUAAUGACUUACAAAAUUAAACCAAAAAUUUUAAAUCCACAUAGCUUGACUUGUCGAAAUAAAAGUCUGGAAAUAAAAACGGACAUUUCACGAAAUUACAAUCAAAUCACAAAAUUCUCAAAUCCCCAAUCCCGUCUAAGAACCCUAGAAUAGAAAUUUUUCAAAUUGCCAAUCUCGUUCUUGUAAAACCUAGGCUAGGGCAUGUCGGAAUCUUUGCACGCUGCCAGUUACUUGGAAUGUUGGUGCGGAAGAAUGACAGUUAUUCGGAUAUAAUGGACGGCUGAAAAUACAGCAUGGAGGAUGUAAUUUUUUUUCGUGGGUCGACCCUCUUAUGUGUGACCGAUCCAAAAUAUCAUCCUUGGGUUGUUGAAAAAAAUCAAUGCGCUGGAGGGAGCAAAUGAAGAUCUGAAGGUUGAGAACACCAAAUUGCACAAGAAGAUUGAACAAUUACAAGCAUCCAACAAGAAGUUGGUUGAAAAGGAAAAAAAAUGUGGGAUGAGAAUAGGGUUUGCACUGGCUAUAUCAAGUUUGUUGUGGAUAUUACUUUUAUAUCAAGUUCUGAAUGGUUAUGAGAAAGUUCGAGGAUGUGGAUUGAAGAUAAUUGUGUAACCUUUAAUUUCCUAUGUCCAUUGUUUUUCCCUUGUAAUGUGGUGCAUUAUAAAUGUGGUUUUCCAUGUUCAGGCUGUGUAAUAUACUCUUGUAUUUUCUGCAUAACCUUUAUAUAUGUGGGGCAUUACC